CAGUGCUGACACGAGUGGGCGUAGUUAUCAAUGUCUCAACUCAGCUACUUAUACUGCAAAAGGGAAGACACCCCACUUUAUCCUCCGCUAUCCUGAAUUCGUCUUCCCAAACCCUAGUAAACCCUCGUAGCUAUUCUCUUUUGAAAGCGAUAAAUCAUUGAAUGGCGUCAACGCCACCGCACUAUUCAAUCACAGCUACAACAAAGUCCUACCACACCCAGCAAUACCCAAAAAAUCAAAUAAAAAACCAACGGAAUCAUUCUCAUCCCCAGAAGUUUUCACUCUCGAAUAGCCCUCACCCACCUUGCAAUGCUGCGAAACACACCAGCACUGCCUCCGCCACCUGUGCUCCCCUCCCUUUUCCUUCCCUCGACCCCGAUUUCUCUGGCCGCCGGUCGACUCGUUUUGUUUCAAAGACGCAUUUGGGCCGCCCCAAAACUACCAUCAACACCCGACGCACCUCUGUAGCUGAAGAGGUCCUUCAACUCGCCUUACACAACGGCCUAGCUGGCCUUGAAAGCAUUCUCCAUUCCUUUGAAUCUAAGCUUUGUAGCUCUGAUGACUACACUUUCUUGCUUCGAGAGCUUGGAAACAUAAGUGAGUAUGAAAAAGCCCUUAAAUGUUUUAACUUUGCGGUUAGAAGGGAGAGAAGAAAAACUGAACAAGGAAAAUUAGCUACUGCGAUGAUUAGUAUUCUGGGUAGAUUAGGAAAAAUUGAACUUGCCAAGGGAAUUUUCCGGACUGCGAUAAGUGAGGGUUAUGGAAAUACAGUUUAUGCUUUUUCUGCUUUAAUUAGUGCUUUUGGGAGAAGCGGGUAUUGUGAUGAGGCCAUAAAGGUUUUCGAUUCCAUGAAAAACCAUGGGUUGAGGCCAAACUUAGUUACUUAUAAUGCUGUGAUUGAUGCUUGUGCGAAAGGAGGUGUGGAUUUUAAAAGGGUUGUGGAGCUAUUUGAUGAGAUGUUAAGAAGUGGAGUGCAGCCGGAUCGAAUCACUUUUAAUUCCUUGCUUGCAGUUUGUAGCAGAGGGGGUCUAUGGGAGGCCGCUAGGAAUUUGUUUAGUGAGAUGGUUAAUAGAGGGAUUAAUCGAGAUGUUUUGACUUAUAAUACACUGUUGGAUGCCGUUUGUAAAGGUGGACAAUUGGAUUUGGCUUUCGAGAUUAUGGCAGAAAUGCCUGCAAAAAAUAUCUUGCCUAAUGUUGUAACUUACAGUACUGUGGUCGAUGGGUAUGCAAAGGCUGGUAGAUUUGAUGAGGCACUCAAUUUGUUUAAUGAAAUGAAAUUUUUGGGUAUUGGUUUGGAUAGAGUUUCAUAUAAUACUUUGCUUUCUAUUUAUGCAAAGCUUGGUAGGUUUGAGGAGGCUUUAGAUAUUUGCAGGGAGAUGGAGGAUUCAGGCAUGCGGAAGGAUGUUGUGACAUACAAUGCACUGUUGGAUGGAUACGGGAAACUAGGCAAGUAUGAUGAAGUUAGAGGACUGUUUGAUGAGAUGAAAGCACAAAAGGUGUCACCUAAUUUAUUGACUUACUCGACAGUGAUUGAUGUAUAUUCGAAGGGUGGUUUGUAUGAGGAAGCUAUGUAUGUUUUUAGGGAGUUUAAGGGGGCAGGAUUGAAAGCUGAUGUUGUACUCUACAGUGCAUUAAUUGAUGCUUUGUGCAAGAAUAGAUUGGUGGAAUCUGCUUUAUCCUUGCUCAAUGAGAUGACAAAUGAAGGGAUUAGGCCUAAUGUUGUUACAUACAAUUCUAUCAUUGAUGCUUUUGGUCGGUCUGCAACUUCAGAACAUGCAUUUGAUGCUGGUGAGAUCCGUGAAUUGGUAGCUGACUCUUCGUCAUUGGUCAUUGAUCAAUGUAUUCAAAGCAAGGCAGGUAAUAGAGAGUGUAACCAGAUCAUAAAAAUUUUUGGGCAGCUGGCUGCUGAGAAAGGAGGUAAAGCAAAGAAAGAUUGUGGUGGCAAGUGGGAAAUCUUGUGCAUCUUAGGAGUUUUCCAGAAGAUGCAUGAGUUGGAAAUUAAACCAAAUGUUGUCACCUUCUCAGCCAUCUUAAAUGUCUGCAGCCGGUGUGAUUCCUUUGAGGAGGCUUCAAUGUUGUUGGAAGGGCUCCGGUUGUUUGAUAAUCAGGUCUAUGGUGUUGCCUAUGGUCUUCUUAUGGGCUAUAGGGAGAAUGUUUGGGUCCAAGCUCAAUCCCUAUUUGAUGAAGUGAAGUCGAUGGACUCUUCAACUGCUUCUGCCUUUUAUAAUGCUCUGAGUGACGUGCUGUGGCACUUUGGUCAGAAACGGGGAGCUCAGCUGGUUGUGCUUGAAGGAAGACGGCGGCAAGUGUGGGAGAGUGUAUGGUCUAGUUCUUGUUUAGAUUUGCAUCUUAUGUCCUCUGGCGCUGCUCGAGCAAUGGUGCAUUCUUGGUUGCUAAACAUACACACUAUUGUUUUUGAAGGUCAUGAAUUGCCAAAGCUAUUAAGCAUUUUAACAGGUUGGGGCAAACAUAGCAAAAGAGUCGGUGAGGGUGCACUAAGGCGAGCUGUUGAAGCACUCCUCACUAGCAUGGGUGCACCCUUUCAGCUUGCUAAGUGUAACUUAGGUAGAUUCGAAUCAACAGGUCCUGUAGUUACGGCCUGGUUAAGAAGAUCUGGCACCAAAAAGUUGAUAGUUCUUCAUGAUGACAGAAGUCACACUGAAAACACAAGGUUUGAACAAAUCUCAAAUUUACAGACAGUUCCUUUGUACUAGUUUGCAUAAAUAGCCUUUAUUUAAAACUUCUUGUGUUUUCCUCAUGUUUCUCCCUGUAAGUUGUACAAUUUAAGAAUUGGCCUAUAUGUCUGUCUCUCUUGCCAUCAUCAAACCUUUGAGCUUUGCAUUCAAUACUGCCUGUUGAUGUAGUAACCAGCAAGAGACAAUCAAGUGGCAAUAUAUGAAGCUUACAAAA